AAAUUUUUGCUUUGAAUUUUUCCUUAUCCAUUCCAAAAUUCCAAUUCUGAGAUUGGGGUAUAAUUGUCUUUUGAAACUUCGGAAGGGCAUGACAUACAUCCGAGGCGCCAAAACGCCUUAUCCCUUCCUCCCCAUUCCCUCCAAUUCUCUUCCGGUAUCUUCACUCGUGUCGAUGGCAAUGGCAGCGACUGUACACUCCGUCUUUGCAAACAUUCCCCAUAUCAAUUCCGGAAGGACAAAGGCCCUGACUCGGCGCCACUCGCGACUGAACUCGGUGAGUUGCUGCCAGGGAAUCGCCGAGCAGACCCAGCGAGUGACACUCAGGAAGGGGAACGAUUCCCUGGACAUAUGCCGAGUCCUCAAUGGGAUGUGGCAGACCAGUGGCGGUUGGGGCCGAAUCGAUCGAGACGACGCCGUUGAGGCCAUGCUCCGCUACGCUGACGCCGGACUCUCCACUUUCGACAUGGCCGAUAUCUGAUGGAUACUUGAAAAUGCUGAAUAACAUUUAUUUUAAACAAGAGAUAAAUAAGAGAUGGAUGAAUAUUAUAUUUCUCAAAAGUUAUAUGACAAUCUUAUAAAAUUCUAACCCUCUCCAUUUCCUUUUAAAUGGAGAUUGAUCCUUUUGGAAGAAAUGCAAGUAGAGAAAUCAUAUGUUAAAAUGUAAAUAUUUGUACUUUGAAAAUUUCCUUAUCCAUUCCAAAAUUUCAAUUCCGACAUAAAAAA